AUGAAGUUCAACCUAGCAGCAAGCGUAAAGCACGUCACACGAGUCCUCAACCCCGAUCUCGAAAUCCCAGACAGCAGCGGUGGUAAAAGUAGCACUGCUCCUCCGCCUGGUGCUACUCGAACCCCAUCUUCUUCAUCCUCCUCCUCGCCACCUCCGUCCUCCGUUUCGUCAUCUCCACCAGCAGCAGUAGCACCACCACCACCACCAUCCGUCCCAUCAUCCCACAAUGGAACCAAACACUCCUCAAAGCGCUCCUCCCUCUCCGUCCGCAGAUUAAGCAGAAAAUCCGCUCCAGUCUGCACACCACAAGCGCCUCCACCAAAACCACCACUAUCAACAUCAACUCUCGAAGCCAAAACCACCCUCCCCGCCGCCUUCAAAAGAGACUAUUCUGCAACAGCAACUCAAGAUCCAACACUGCGAUCCUACCCACCUCCUAUAUCCUCCACACGCCGCUCCCGCGCCAGCACUAUAACCGCUACAUCGGGACGAAGUACGUACCGCAGUAAACUGGAUCCCGCCGCCACCGCCGAAACAACGACUGCUAUAUCGUAUCUCGGGCUCCAGAGCCUCACAUCUCCCUCGCACACCUCAAGCGUACCUCCAGCAGCGCCAGCGCAACAAGGAACAGCAACAUGUCUCUGCGGCGCAGUGCACCUCGCUUUUCCCAUCACUACACCCGGUCUCGUAGCAUCCUUUGUAUGUUACUGCCUUGACUGCCGAAAAGGAGGGGCUGAGGCUAGUAUUGUUGUUAAAGAUGACCACCUCAAAUACCUCCGCGGCUCCUCAAACCUCGCCUCCUUCUCUCAACCCGCGUCUACGCCCUCCAGCCACACCUCCACCACCUUCUUCUGCCACACCUGCGGCUCAAACAUGUACAGAGUCGGCGCUGCGUUCCCCGGCUGCACAAUCAUUCGCAUGGGUACCGUGGAUGAUGCGCGGCUCAUCGAGGGUAGGUUGAGGCCCACGCGCGAGUUGUGUGUCAAGGAGAAGGCGAGUUGGGCGGGUGGGGUUAAAGGGGAGGAGGUGAAGAGGAGGGUGGGACUGUUUUCGUAA